GCGGGGGGAAAAACAAAAAGCAAGGAAAGGGUUAAGGAGUUUAUAGGGUCCAGAUCGAUGCCCCCUCUCUCCCACACGUCGCCAUGAACAAAUGAAUUCGCGGGGAAUUAAAUAUCAAUUUCACAAAGGAGAAAGAGUCCUGUGCUUUGAACCCGACCCCUCCAAGGCUAAAGUGUUGUACGACGCCAAGGUCCUUGAUGUCUUGAUAGGUACAGAUGAACAUGGAAGAAGAAUCCCAAAGUACCUGAUUCACUUCAACGGCUGGAACAGGAGCUGGGAUCGUUGGGCUGCCGAGGAUCAUGUCCUAAGGGACACUGAGGACAACCGUAAAUUACAACAUAAACUGGCUCGCAAAGCUCUAGGUCGCAUGAAGAGAAAGGGAUGGGCGAAGAGGCGUCGUCGUCAGUCUGGUACUAAAUCCUCUCUGAAGACUCUCCCGAAGGAGGACGACAGUGAUGACGCAUGCUUGAUUUCGUCUUCAGAGAGCAGCGACGGCGACGAUUCCGACCCUGAAUCUUCAAACAGUGGGGACAGCACCUUCUCUGAGGACAUCAACAAAAUGAGGGUUGAGCCAGACAUUAAUGUUAAGAGGGAAUGCGAGGAGAAGAUCGUCCAUGUUGACAUCAACAUCCCGGAUGUGCUGAAGAAGAAACUGGAGGACGACUGCUUUUACAUCAACAAGAGGAAGAAGCUGGUGAUGGUCCCCUGUCAGACGAACGUGGUGCACAUCUUAGAGUCCUACGUCAAACACUUUGCCAUCAACAAAGCAUUCAUGGCCAACGAGAGGUACCGGCGUCAGCAGAACACCACGCAGAGCAGCAGUCCACAGCCAGUCCCUCCAGAGAAGAGCGAGGAGUUGUGUAAGGAGAUGGUGGACGGCCUGAGGAUCACGUUUGACUUCACCUUACCCAUGAUCCUCCUCUACCCCUGUGAGCAAGCUCAGUUCAAAAAGGUCAGCUCCUCCAGGGUUUUCCUCGCCGUCAACGAAAGCUCCCCCUGCUCCAGCAACACUCACCGGGAGCGCAGCCCAAGCCCGUUGGGGCACAACCCUCCAACCCCCCAGUCCACAGACAGCCAACCAGCGCUCAGCGACAUUUCUGCCACCACGCCCACCGCUCCAGCUCCCACCCCGAAGCGCCGACGUCACCCUGACAUGGACUGCAUCUCAUACCAGUCGCAGUCACUGAGACGCUCCACCAGGAACACGUCUGGAGGUGACCGGCCAGCUGAAGGAAGCAGUGGAGGUGGAGGCAGUGCAACUGCGUCCCCGCAGCUCAAACGCCGUUUGGUCGACACCUCAUCCCAGCCCAAGUUCUUCCUCAACCUUGACAGAAAAACCCCAGUGCACAGUGGCUCAUCCUCCCCGUUGCCCUUGACGCCGAGCAAAGAGCGAAGUGGGCCUUUCUACGGCCUGGAGAGCCGGAGGAACAACGAGCUAAACGAGGUCCUCAGUUGGAAGCUGACUCCUGAUAACUACCCCUUGAACGACCAGCUCCCCCCACCCUCCUACCUGUACGGCGCACAACACCUUUUGCGGCUUUUUGUUAAACUCCCGGAGAUCCUCGGAAAGAUGCAGAUCCCUGAGAGGAACCUUCGAGCCCUGGUCAAACAUUUGGAACUCUUUCUCAGGUUUAUGGCAGAGUUCCACGAGGAUUUUUUCCCUGAGUCUGCAUAUGUGUCAGCAUCAGAGGCCCACUACAGCAUGAAACAACCGAGGCCCGUUUAUUGAAGGAGAUGGCGGCCAUUGUGUUUCCUUCCCUUGCUUGUCUCUACCCUGACCUGUCUGGGCUCAUGCACAGAGGACUAAAUCGCAGCUUUCUCUGGAGUUGAGCUCUCCCGGACCAACUUUUCUUUUCCUCUGGCCUGUUAGUCAUCCUGCUCUUCCUGUAUGGAGCCAGUUGCUUCUACCAUGCCACUAACCCUCACCUCUGCUCUGUUUGUGUGGGACCGUCCUGCAUGUCAAGCCGCCCUGCGCUGCUUCGCUUCAAUGUGCUGCUCCAUGGCAUGUCAAAGUGCUGUCUGUUGGCUUGCGCUACCUGUUUGCAGGCUUGAUAUAAAUAUUGAUUUGUAGGACACAGCCGCUGCCAAGUCCCUGUCUGCUGUUUUUGUUAUCUGGCCUACACUUUUAAAGACCACGCUAAGGCCAGAAAGUUCUGCAGCCUCUCCAACAUUAGAGGCUGGUCAGAACAGUUUUGAAUCACUUAGCUGUGGAAGCAGAGCUCUGACUUUGUCGCUCCUCAUAACCACAGUUUUGGUCCAUUGUGGUCAAUUGAAAGGGACACUGAAAAAGCCCUGUGUUCUUGCUCUGCCAAAAUAAACACAUUUUGGAUAUUCUUUAGGGUGCUGUUUGCUGGCUUGCCUGCACGGUAGCUUGGCACCUUCUUUAUGUAGUGACUUCCUGUAAGCGCUUUCCCGUGAAACGCUGCCAAUGAUCCUCUUCCGGAUAUGAUUCCUCUAAAAACUACAGCAGGACUUGCUCUUCUUAUCCCGGAGAUGCUUUCCCCGAGCAAUUCUAAUUUACAAACUGUCGAUCAGGAACGUCGUUUCCUGUGGAUUUUCCGUGUUUUGAAUGUGUAAUGUCCUCUCAGUGUCCACGAGAGAUUUUCUUAUUUCUUGCUUUGCUUUUCAUGCUGUCCUGUGUAUGUCUGAUAAACAGCAGCUUAUUAUUUCCAUUUAUUUUUCUGCCUGUUCGUCUCACUACGGCCGCCUUCUAACGGAAAAGACGAGGCGCAGUUGCAAAUGUGCUGUCUGCAGCAUAUCUGAGAGUAAACGUGUUGCUCUGUACACAGAGAAAUGUGCUAAUAUCCUGUUCUGAUCAACACUUUCUCAUAAUAUACCAUUAAAGAGCUGAGGCUGUUUUUGUAUUUGCAAAUAUUAAAGAUUGUUUGAGACCAGCUUUGAGUACCAGAAGGAUUAGGCAAUUACUUGAACGUGUCAAAAAAGAAUUGAGAAUAACUUUUUAGAAGAACAGACUCAAUGAAUCACUUGUGAAUGCGACAACAAAAGUGAUUGUUACGGCAGCUGGUCGUGACAUUGUGAAAAUGUAAAUACAACACCUGUUGAUCUGUUAUUUAUUUAUCUUUGCACACCACUGGAUCACUCUGUUCAUAUGUUGUCACGCUCGUUAAUACGUAAUGAGUUUGUCUGUUUCUUGAACACAUCUGUCAAUACAGUUGCUGUGUUGUAACACACUUGUAUGCAUAAUACAAAAUAUUUCCUGUGUUAUAUACAGAAGUAUCAUUUGCAUAGCCUGUUAUACUUUUCUAUUGUUCAUUUUCAAUGUCUGUUUCCUUUUUUAGCUCCGUUUAAAUAAAGACUUUGUGAAGCUUCCUCACUCGCUAUA